AUGCCUUACCAAAAGAAGAAUAUGCUCGAAGAGGCAAAAUCUCACUAUAUUGAAGCCUUGUCCAUCUUCAACGAAGAGAAUUCCAACAGAAAUAUGGAAAGUUGCCUAAAAGCUACAAUGGGCUUAGGUAAAAUCCUUUCACCAUCAGACACAAGCAGUGAGGUACAAUCACAUGUGUCAAGGUUUAUCUGCUUCCGUCCUAAGCCACCAAGUGUAAACGAAGUCGAGGAGAUGUCCAUAAACGAUUCGGAAUCCCCUGGUGCCUCUGAGUUUGAUAGGAGAAAUGUCGUAAACUCAAAACUUCUAUCUGCUCCAAAUGGUAUUGUGAGAUUAAAGGAUACAGGUUGUGCCAAGACAGGUUUUACCAUGGAAGUGGGCUUCUGCAGCGUAGAAUGUGAACAGAGUGCAAAGAAUCGAGCCAAAUUGUCAGAAGAUGGGAAUAAACACAUUUUUGAUUGUCAGGGUCGUUGUCCUUUCAUUAUUUUCAAUGACACAUGCGAACUGCCCCAUUUGGCCUUCAACUGUCUCUCGAAGAUCCCACCAAAUAAGCUUCUGGACUACAUCUGUUCUACUGGUUCUUACACUAAAGGAAACGGUCAUCAGGCCUUCCAAGAAACAGCCGUGACUCAACGUGUUCCCCCAACGGUUUUCGAUCCUUCUGAUUACUCAUCAAUCGCUUUUCUAUUUACUGGUCCAGAAAAACGUCUACCUGGUUAUCUGCUGGAAUUAACUAUAGCUGCUGUUUUUUUAACUUACUGUCUCCACCUCGGAGGGUACCCAAUGAAAUGGUUUAAUGAAACCGACGCAUUCUUCCGCGAGCCCUCGACCGUCAAUCGACCUGACAUUAUUCCAGCAAGUUGGAUUGCAGCCUGUAUGCUUUACCAUCUUCAAGCCGCAGAAAUCAACGAUUUUCAUAAUGUUGAGAUUAUAGCAGAAGAAGUGCUUUCAACUUCGCCAACAUAUGAAAAGUUUGGCAUCUCUAUUUAUCCAACUAUCUCUCUUAUCAAUCACUCCUGCGACCCCACAGCUUCUGCUCUAAUGUCUGACAAGGGAAUCAUGAUAAUUUAUGCCAUGCAGUCCCUUUCUGCUGGAAGCGAGCUUUCCAUAAAAUAUCAUUCGUAUUUCUACGAGCAAUCGACGCAAGAAAGGCAGAAAUGUCUUAAGUUUCAAUAUCAUUUUCAUUGUAUCUGCGAAGCUUGCCUCCAUGACUGGAAUCAAAGGUCGUUGGAGGGACCGGAAAGACUUGUAUGCCAAAAAUGUGGAAAUUUCUUCAGUGAAGACGCAAAAGAAUGCCCAAUGUGCGGAUCAAAAGAAUGUCUUCUGAUGUUAAAGGACUUACGUAACCAACUACUUCCGCAAUUAGACCGGUAUCUGAAAAAGAACAUUUGUACGCCUGAGGAAUCAAAUCUUGCA